AUGUUGAAAAAAUGAGCAGGGCAGAAAAGGUGUGUCUUUCCCUGUUAAGCUACUGCAAAACACUUGGAAACCUCAACCAAAUCCACGCCUUUGUUUACAAAUCCGGCCUUGAGACCAACCCACUAAUCGCCGGAAAACUUGUAAUUCUUGGUGCCCUUCAAAUUUCUGAUGCUAUUGAUUACGCUCGCCGUCUGCUCAUACACAAUCCAAACCCAGAUGUGUUCAUGUACAACACCCUCAUCCGAGGUGAAUCUCAGUCAGACUCACCUAAGAAUUCAGUCAACUCAUUCAUUUACAUGCUGCGACAAUCAUAUUCUCCUCCUGAUAGUUUCUCCUUUGCUUUUGUACUCAAAGCAGCGGCUAAUUUACGGUGUUUAACAACUGGGUUUCAGCUGCAUUGUCAAGCUAUGACUCGUGGGCUUGAUACCCAUCUCUUUGUUGGAACUACAAUGAUUAGUAUGUACGCGGAAUGUGGGUUUGUUGAGUUUGCUUGGAAGGUGUUUGUUCAAAUACCUCAACCAAAUGUUGUGGCGUGGAAUGCAAUACUUACAGCAUAUUUUCGAGGGAGUGAUGUAAGUGGUGCAGAUAAAGUUUUUGGUUUAAUGCCGUUUAGGAAUUUGACUACUUGGAAUGUAAUGCUGGCUGGGUAUACUAAAGCCGGGGAACUUGAGCGUGCAGAGGGGUUGUUCUUGAAGAUGCCAAGUAGAGAUGAUGUUUCUUGGAGUACUAUGAUUGUUGGAUUUUCUCAUAAUGGUUGCUUUGAUGAGGCGCUUCGGGUUUUCAGGGAGUUGGUUGGGAGUGGAAGUAAGCCGAAUGAAGUGAGCUUGACGGGUGCUUUAUCUGCGUGUGCUCAAGCUGGGGCGUUUAAAUUUGGGAUGGUAUUGCAUGCAUUUAUAGAGAAAGUGGGGUUGGUUUGGAUAACUUCUGUGAACAAUGCACUUUUGGAUACUUACUCCAAGUGGAAUGUGUUGAUGGCUCGUCUUGUCUUUGAGAGAAUGCUUGGGAAGAAAACCAUUGUUUCUUGGACUUCUAUGAUUGCAGGGUUUGCAAUGCAAGGAUAUGGUGAAGAGGUGAUAAAAUAUUUUCAUGAGAUGGAAGAAUCUGGGACCAGACCUGAUGGGGUCACUUUUAUUUCGGUACUUUAUGCAUGUAGUCAUGCUGGUUUAGUUGAACAAGGUCAUGAGCUAUUCAGUAAAAUGACAGAAACUUAUGACAUUGAACCAACUAUUGAGCAUUAUGGUUGUAUGGUUGAUUUGUAUGGUAGGGCUGGUCAGCUUCGUAAGGCAUAUAAUUUUGUGGUUCAAAUGCCAGUACCACCCAAUUCCGUUAUCUGGCGAACACUUCUUGGGGCUUGCAGUUUUUUUGGCAACAUUGAAAUGGCUGAGCAAGUUAACAAAAGACUCUCUGAGCUGGAUCCAGACAAUUGUGGUGACCAUGUUUUGCUGUCCAACAUUUAUGCAUUUGCUGGGAAAUGGAAGGAUGUUGCCAUGGUGAGGAGAUCAAUGGCUGAGAAAAAUAUGAAGAAAAUACCAGGUUGGAGCAUGAUUGAAAUAGACAAGGUCAUGUACAGUUUUGUAGCAGGUGAUAAACGAAAUGAGAUUACUGAAGAGGCUUAUAAUAAGUUAAGUGAGAUAAUGUUAAAACUUAAAGUAAAAGGUGGUUAUAUUCCAGAGGUAGGCAGUGUUUUGCAUGAUAUAGAAGAGGAAGAAAAGGAAGAUACCGUGUCUAAGCACAGCGAGAAACUUGCUGUUGCUUUUGGUAUGGCAAGGUUAUGUAAGGGAAGCACCAUACGAAUUGUAAAGAAUUUGAGGGUGUGCAAAGAUUGUCAUAGUUUUAUGAAGUUGAUAUCUAAAGUCUACGGAUUAGAGAUUGUGGUUAGAGACAGAAGCAGGUUUCAUUCUUUUAAAGAAGGUUCUUGCUCUUGCAGAGAUUAUUGGUGAGGGAUGAUUUAUGGUCCAAUCAAAUUGGCAAUGCUCUCAUUUUCAGGAUAAACAUGUUGACUGCAAACAGAAGACCCACAUUUUGGAUGACAUGGAAUCCUCCAUGCUUGCCAUCAAAAUGAAAGAAAAUGGAAAAGAAGUAGUCAAACAUGUCUGUCAACUAAUAGACUUGGAAAAGGCAACUGCAUCAAGCUCCUUACAGAUCUUCAGAAGGUCUGUUCACUUCCAGAGCCUCUGGGAAUGUUGUUCAAGUUAUUUUAACAUGCUAGUCUUUUUAAUUAGGAAGCAGAUGCAAAUGAAAAUAGUGUGAGGCCGACAAAUUAACCUUACAGCAUUGUGGAUAGUAAUAGAUUG